AUGUUUUCUGCGCGUUUUUCCCUUUGUCUCCAGGUCAAAAACGCUUUGCUCUACAUAAAGUGGUUGCCUCGAGGCGGAAAAAAAGUGUCCAGUGUUUAUGCCUCCGCCUCCAUAAUUGCACCAUUCUAUUUAACAUCCGGGCCAUCGAGCUCGUCUUUUCUCUAUCCCCCCGUCACCGUAUCCAAGAUGCCCACCCCGAAUAGUCCCAACGGCUCUCUAGACGAAAGUUCUGCAACAGACCCCUACAUGCCCGCCAUCGUAACGUGUCUCGCGCGUUCAGACCCAUUCCGAAGAGCUCAAACCAAUCUCGGACAACUUGCGAGGAGCAACAGUGCUCCGACAGAAGACGAGACUGGCCAAAUCGAGAACCUUUUCUCUGACUGCAAUGCCGCCACAGCUGCACUCGACGCCCAGGAGACAUCCAUCAAGACCCAAAUUGCCUGGCUCCAAAAGCAACUCGCGCGCGUCGAGUCCAGCCGUGGACGCAUCGCCUCGAUGCGUGCCAAAGCCACCGUCCUCCAAUCCGCCGUCCGCCGACUCCCUUCAGAGGUCCUGGAGCAUGUGUUCAUCUACUAUGUGCAGUCGAGUGACGCGUCGGCGCGGAAUAGCUCCUGCAUGAAGCUUUGCCAGGUGUCCAGCCGCUGGCGACAAGUCGCCCGCUCUUGUCUAUUUUUAUGGACAGAGCUUCAGAUUUUUAUGAGGCAUAAGCCUGAGAACGUGGAGGGUAUGACUCGGUGGUUCUUCUCUGCCUCUCGGGGGCUUCCCCUCACCCUUACGUUGGAGCGGCUCUCCGGCCCUCCGCCAACGUCGUUCCCAUCUAUUAACAUGUUCGUUAUCCCAGCUUUUCAGCCCUGGAGGACGAUCAAAAACCUUUCUAUUCAUGCCCUUUGCAUAAUGGAAAUCGCACAUGAAUUUAGAAGGCUUGGAGUCGUCGCCGAAGAUGUUGAGACUUUAUGCAUACGUCUUUCAGGCGCUGACGGUGACGAGGAUUUCCAACCGGCGCCGAUGCCAAACCUGCGAAAGGCGGUCCUUACCAUGGUGGACCGAGGGACGAGGAUUCAAUAUCUCCCCCUCGUCCGUUUCUACGGCGACUUUCCCUGGGCGCAGUUGACGCACUUCAGUACUCGCACCGCGAAGGUGUCGCCGGAGGACAUGCUGAACGUUCUCUCUUACUGUCCAAAUCUACAAGACGCGACCUUCGUCCUCUAUGAGCAUGCGUUAUGGGUGGAACCCGAGCCGGUCGACCUUCCGAAUCUGCAGAGCUUCAAGUUAAUCUUUAUUCAUGGCGCAUCCACGAAUGUGCUAUCGUACCUCUCCAUGCCCGCACUCAAGGCCUUCGCCGUCGCCACACACAACAAUGGCUGGGUCAAGUGGGAUUCCGAUGCCUUACAAUCAUUCCACCUACCUUCGCUUGAGUCCCUCACUUUCUACGGUAUCAAGAUCUCGCUGAAUGUCUUCAUGUCAUUUGUGCAUCCCUCGCGCAAGUUAACGAGGCUCAUACUCGAGAACACCUUCCACUCUUCAGCGUUUAUGGAAAUGCUUUGCAUGCCGCCCAUUGAUCAACUGGAUGCAUUGGCUGUCCCACUCCCCGUUCUCACUCACUUGACCAUCUACCAACGGCUGGCCAGGAUCGAAAAAGUCACCCCACACUGGUCUACCAAGAAAGUUGUGCGGAUGAUUAAUAGUAGGAUCGAAAACUACGAGGGCGUCGAUGGUGUCGCUGCACUCCAGAGCUUUACGUUCAUCCCAACGAGGAGCAGUGUUAGUUCGGCAUUCGGAAAGGCAGCGGCUACGCUAGCUCAUAGAUCCAGAGAAGUCGGCUUCAAUAUGAGGGUACAGUGGGCGUACGGGGAGGAAGGGUACUAUCUCAGCAUGGACGAGGAGUGGUGA